CCGAAGAAAUGGCAGAGCAAGGCUAUCAGAUGGAUUCUGUGAAAUUCUCCUGCUCCAUCUGUCUGGAUCUCCUAAAGACUCCGGUGACUAUCCCCUGUGGACACAAUUACUGCAUGAACUGUAUUGGAAACUUUUGGGACGAUGAGGACAAGAAACAAAGCCACAGCUGCCCUCAGUGUAGACAGACGUUCACACCGAGGCCUGUUCUGAUGAAAAACACCAUGUUAGCAGAGUUGGUGGAGGAUCUGAAGAAGACUGGACUCCAAGCUGCUCCAGCUGAUCUCUGCUAUGCUGGACCUGAAGAUGUGGCUUGUGAUAUCUGCACUGGGAGGAGGAGGAAAGCUGUCAAGUCCUGUCUGGUUUGCUUGGUUUCAUAUUGUGAGAAUCACCUCCAACCUCACCAUGAUGUCCCUGGACUGCAGAAGCACAAGCUGGUGAAUCCCUCCAAGAACCUCCAGCAGAACAUCUGCUCUCGUCAUGAUGAGGGGAUGAAGAUCUUCUGUCGUACUGAUCAGCAGUGUAUCUGUUAUCUCUGCACUAUGGAUGAACAUAAAGGCCAUGAAACAGUUCCAGCUGCAGCAGAAAGGGCUGAGAAGCAGAAGGAGCAGCAGGUGAGACGACAACAAAUCCUGCAGAGGAUCCAGGACCAAGAGAAAGAUGUGAAGCUGCUUCAACAGGAGGUGGAGGCCAUCAAUGUCUCUGCUGAUAAAGUAGUGGAGGACAGUUCUUAUCACCUGUAG